AAUGCUAAAGCUAUAGAGAGCAUAUGGGUGUUUGCUAACCACCUGUCUGCCUACUGAGGGGGCAUCAGUUGGACAGUUGCAGGCAUAGAAGCAGACUGGAAUGGUUGGGCUGGAUGUCUGUCUAUAUCCAGAUGGUCUUACGGUUGCUACACCAAAAGAUAUAGAGAACUGGGAAUCCGAGAGGGAAAUGUUUGACCCAAACGUGCGCCUCUUUGUGGCUCUGUUCUCAUACAACCCUGCGGUGAUGUCACCAAACCCUGAAACAAUGGAGGAGGAACUGCCUUUUGAACAAGGACAGAUCAUUAAAGUAUAUGGAGAUAAAGAUGCUGACGGCUUCUAUAGCGGGGAGACCGGUGGCCGCUUUGGUUUUGUAUCGAGCAACAUGGUUUCUGAGAUUCCUGUGGAAGACGGAGAGUUUAAACUUCGUCUGUUCCAGCAGGGGUUUUUACCAGAGGAGACGCCUUCCAUAGCACCCAGUGAAACUUCUAGUGUGUCGGAUGGCGUGAAGGUUCACAGGAUGGUGGCCAUCUUUGAUUAUGACCCUUGGGAAAGUUCUCCAAACAUGAAUAUUGAGGUGAUUGCAUUUUCCAAUAAAUAUGAAAAAACACUCCGAAUACCUUAG